UUAAUGUGCACUAUAAUUUCAGUACGUACAAUAGGAGGGGGAGGGGGAGGGAGAGAGUUUGACCUUUUCAAGUUUUCUGGAUCUAGGGUUUUCUCCUAAUCGUCACAAUACACUCGAACACCAGUACCAUUACAUUCGAUUUUAAACCUAGCUCUCGCAUUCUGAAUAAAAGUGUGGAGACGUCAAGAAAAUUCAAGAAUUCAACCAUCGUCAACGAAAAUCAAUCUUCGCCGCAAUCUUGAUUUAAAAACCCUAAAUUUCUGUAUAGAUCCCGUGAUUUCAUCAGCAACCGAUCUUUUUUUUUUUGUUAAAUCUGGAAAUAUCGGACAGAUGAAUUUCAAAGAGAACUAUCGGAGAGAAGGGGGUUUCCAAAUUUCUGGACCGAUUGGUUGAUUGAUUUACUGAAUGAUUGAUGUUCCCCAAAUUUUACACAACCACAUUGAAGUAGUGAAUCAAUUUGGGAAAGAAUUUUGAAUUUGUUCGUUAACCCUUUUCCUAUUGGAGGGUAAAAGAAUGUACCGAAAAUUGGUGGCGGUGUACGAAGGGGAGAGGGUGCUCGGUGAGGCGGAGUUGCACCCACCAGAUGUCGUUUUGGGGAACGAGCUUAGGGAAAUUCGGAUAUCACACUAUUCACCACCCAGUGAGAGGUGUCCGCCGCUUGCCGUGCUUCACACCAUAAACGCCACCGGAAUAUGCUUCAAACUGGAAUCUACGGCCAAGAAUCAGGACUCGCCGCUUUCUCUUUUGCAUGCUACCUGUCUCAGAGAUAACAAGACUGCUGUGGCAUCCGUUGGAGGAGGGGAGAUUCAAUUAGUUGCCAUGCAUUCUAGGAAGUGUGAAGGGCAAUACCCGUGCUUCUGGGGGUUUAAUGUGGCAUCAAGCCUGUACAAUUCCUGCCUUGUCAUGCUGAAUCUCAGAUGUCUUGGCAUUGUAUUUGAUCUUGAUGAAACACUCAUAGUUGCCAACACAAUGCGCUCAUUUGAGGAUAGGAUAGAAGCAUUGCAGCGGAAAAUAAAUUCUGAGUCUGAUCCACAGCGUGUUGCUGGCAUGUUAGCGGAGGUUAAACGUUAUCAGGAUGAUAAAAGCGUUUUGAAGCAAUAUGCAGAAAGUGAUCAGGUUAUUGACAAUGGAAAGGUUGUCAAGUCGCAGUCUGAGGUGGUUCCAGCGUUGUCAGAGACUCAUCAACCUAUUGUUCGCCCACUUAUACGACUUCAGGAUAGAAAUAUUAUUCUUACUCGCAUUAAUCCACUGAUACGUGAUACAAGUGUUCUUGUGAGGUUAAGACCUGCAUGGGAGGAUCUCAGAAGUUACUUGACUGCUAGAGGUCGAAAGCGCUUUGAAGUUUUUGUUUGCACAAUGGCUGAAAGAGAUUAUGCUUUAGAAAUGUGGAGACUUCUUGACCCUGAAUCAAAUUUGAUAAACUCGAGGGAGCUUUUGGACCGCAUUGUGUGUGUCAAGUCUGGCUUAAGGAAAUCACUUUUCAACGUUUUCCAAGCUGGAAAUUGCCAUCCUAAGAUGGCAUUAGUCAUUGAUGAUCGCUUAAAAGUAUGGGAUGAGAAAGAUCAACCACGAGUCCAUGUUGUCCCUGCAUUUGCUCCGUAUUAUGCUCCUCAAGCUGAAGCCAAUAACACUGUCCCUGUGCUCUGUGUUGCAAGAAAUGUAGCCUGCAAUGUCAGAGGUGGUUUCUUUAAAGAAUUUGAUGAUGGUUUGCUGCCACGAAUUUCUGGAGUUGCAUAUGAAGAUGAUAUGAGGGAUGUGCCUUCUUCACCUGAUGUCAGUAACUACUUGAUUUCAGAGGAUGAUCCUUCAGCUUCCAGCGGAAACAAAGAUUCCCUUGGUUUUGAUGGGAUGGCAGAUGCUGAAGUGGAAAGGAGACUAAAGGAGGCAACAUCUGCAUCUUCAACCGUUCCUCUGCCAAUUCCUAAUUUAGAUCCAAGAAUCACCCCAGCGCUCCAUUAUGCAGUACCAUCUUCUUCUUUUACAGUUCCACCACAAACAAUACACGGCUCAGCAAUGUCUUUUCCUGGUCAGCAAUUAUCUCAAGUGACCACACUUCUCAAACCACCAUUAGCUCAGCUUGGACAGGCAGAAACGACCUUGCAAAGUUCUCCUGCAAGGGAAGAGGGUGAAGUGCCAGAAUCAGAAUUAGAUCCCGAUACAAGAAGGAGAUUGCUGAUUUUGCAACACGGUCAAGACAUGAGGGAACACCCCCCUUCUGAAUCUCAGUUUCCUGCUCGGCCCUCCAUGCAAGUGUCUGUACCAAGAGUGCAGCCACGUGGUUGGUUUCCAGUAGAAGAAGAGAUGAGCCCGAGGCAACUUAACCAGGUGCCACCACCCAAUGCAGAAUCUAUUCCUAUUGACAAAAAUCGGGCCCGUCAUCCACCUUUUCUUCACAAAGUGGAGCCUCCUAUCCCUCCAGGUAGAGUUCUUGAAAACCAGAGGACACAGAAGGAGGCACUUCCAAGAGGAGAUCAAUUAAGGUUAAAUCAAUCACUGCCUGAUUUUCAUUCUUUUUCAGGUGAAGAUGGUUCUGUAAAUGAGCCAUCUUCAGCAAACAAAGAUCUUGAUCUUGAAGCUGGUCAAAUCGAUCCCUAUACUGAGACAUGUACUGGAGCACUGCAGGAUAUUGCAUUUAAGUGUGGGGCAAAGGUGGAGUUCAAGCAAGCUCUAGUAUCGAGCACAGAACUGCAGUUCUUUGUAGAGGUUUUGUUUGCAGGCGAGAGAAUCGGUGAAGGAGUUGGUAGAACAAGAAGGGAAGCGCAGCGUCAGGCUGCUGAAGGAUCUCUUUUGUGUUUAGCUGAUAAAUACUUAUCGCAGCUUAGGCCUGAUUCCAGCCAUGUAACUGGGGAUGGGAGUAGGUUUGCUAAUCAAAAAGAUAAUGGUGUCCUCAGUGAUACCAGUUCUUUCGGACAUCAGUCAAUGCUCAAGGAGGGGGCUGUACCCUUUUCAGCAGCACCAACACCAAGGAUUCUAGAUCCACGGAUUGAGGCCUCCAAGAAGCCAAUGGGUUCCAUUUCUGCUCUUAAAGAGUUAUGCAUGACGGAGGGCCUUGGUGUAGCAUUCCAAACUCAACCUCAGUUUUCAGCUAAUCCGGGUCAGAAAAAUGAAGUCUAUGCUCAGGUUGAAAUUAAUGGGCAGGUAUUGGGCAAGGGAAUUGGGCUAACAUGGGAUGAAGCUAAAUCGGAGGCUGCUGAAAAGGCUCUUGGAGCCUUGAAAUCCAUGCUCGGUCAGUUUCCUUACAGGCAUCAGGGUUCUCCAAGAUCUGCGCAGGGUAUGCCAAACAAAAGGGUAAAACAAGAGUUCUCUCGAGUUCCUCAGCGAAUGCCGUCAUCUGGCAGAUAUCCAAAGAAUGGAUCUCCUGUACCAUAAGCCUCUGCAUCCAUUUCCUGAUUUUGUUGUAUAGCAUGAGCCCAUAAUUCUACAACAUACAUGACAAAUUUUGUAAACGGGAGUCAGCUGAGGAUCAAGUCCUGCCAAUCGGCUGGUGCUAGCUUUUUGCUUCCUGUAAGAGCUUACUGAAGCAGAACCACUAUCGUACUACUAACUGCUGGAAGCCUGAGCAACUGAUCACCUCCAAUUGAAAGAUUUACAUCUUUUGCGAUCUUCAGGAAUUGUUGUGUCUUCAUUUUUGGCCCUUAAAAGCAUGCCCAUUUUAGACGUCAUGCCUGCAAUGAAGAAGUGGUUUGAAUGCUCAAAUGAGCAGGCAACUAAAAGGGCAAGCAUCGGUUUGUCGCACUGAUAAGGGGAAUCCCAUGACUUCCGAUAUAGGAUGUGCUAACUUUGUCGCCAACCCUCUUUAAUCGUUUUCGUUGUUGAGUUGCUGAAAUGGAAUGAGAGGGAUUUUUGGAUUAGAAAUUUAGGCGGCGAUGCAUUACGUACAGAUCAGAUGUAUACAGUUUUAUUAAUGCUAUACAGAUUUUGUUUCUUGACUAA